AGAAAACAUUAAUACGAUUCAGCUUAAUUGAAAUCGUAACUUCAUCUUAAGUAAUUCCUAUUAUAGGAACUCCAAAAUGAUCAUCAGAUAGAUGUUAAAUUCCAGUUAAGAAUGGCAUACAUAGCGUUUUCUCGAAUGUCCAGUAGAUAUAAUGUUACUUGUUAGUAUCUUACUUCACCAUGAAGUAAAUAGGAUGAUCAAAACAUCUGUACAACUUGCUUGGAGACUCUUUUAAGUCUAAUAGUGGUAGGUAGUACUAAAGCUCCUCUCUUUGUCUCAUUAAUAUCGUACAACUCUUGUAAUCAUGUUAGAUUCCAUGCACUACUUGUGUUAUCACAUCUAAUGCAUCUAGUCUCUUUUAACUGCUUUAUUAUAAUUAAUUCUAUGCAUUUAAAAUGAGAUACAAAAGAUGCUACUUCAAAUGUAAUAAAUGCUUGCUGACAAAAAAAUAUGAAAUCCUAAUAGAGCUGAACAUGAUCUUAACUACACUGAUACUAACUCAUGCCCACUUAUUGAUGCUUUCUAAUUAAUAAUACUUGUGAAUAAUCUAAUCAUUGGUCUCCAGCAGUUUGAUAUUUUUACAUUUUUCUU